GCCAGUGGAGGCUGUGGGUGAGCCCCUGCUCCACAUCUUUGAUUGUAAACCGAACGCUGAGCCGAGGGGGGUUGACGUCAGCGUGGUGCACGUCAGUUCUCGUCCCUGCUGGUCGGGGUACGAGUAGGGAGCUGGUCUCACCUAACAGAUGUGUCUGGAACACUCCAGUCUAUUUAUUCUAUCAGUUACACAUAGAUAAGCAUGAUGGAAGUAUUGGGAGGAUACAGGGUCGACAGAGACCAGGAGCUGAGGGCUGAGGGAUAUGUGAAGGAGUUCACUCGCCACUCCAACGAUGUGCUGCUGAACCUGAACGAACUCCGGCACCGCAACAUCCUGACCGACGCCACCCUGGUAGUCGGCAACGUGCACCUACGGGCGCACUGUGCUGUGCUUGUGGCCUGCAGUGGGUUCUUCUACUCGCUGUACUCCCGCCAUGUGUUGCUGCAGGGGCGUGGUGGCAGCGGGGAGCAGCUCAUGACUGUGUCUCUCCCCAACACCUUGGACCCAUCCAGCGUCUCCCUGCUGCUCGAAUUCAUGUACACCUCUCGUCUCCCUCUGACACCAAGCAUUGUCCCAGGGGUGCUCGCUGCUGCAGCCUACCUGCAGAUGGACCACGUGGCCGAUACCUGCAGGGAUUUCAUGCACCUGCACUGCAGGGAGAAUAUGAAUGUAAGACACCUACGAUUGGAGCUGGACUCCAGUGUGUCUGUGGCCUCUGUAGCCCCCAAAGGAGGGGACCUGCCUCAUCCAGGACCAAAAGCAGGGGCAACAAGGUUUAGCUCACUAAGGCACUUCCUUUGUUUCUCCUGCAGGGUCCCCGCGGAGGGUGGGGGCUCUCUCAAGCAAGGGGCUUUCCUGUCCUGCCAGCCCGGGUGCAAGGAGCUAAAAGGAGAGCCUGAGUCACCCCUCAUGGGCACCCCCAGCCCAUCUCCAGACAGCCCCGCCCGCUCCAGCUGCCAUCCGAACUCUCCAGCUGAGUCCAACACCUGCAACAAGAACCUUGUGAGUGAUACCAAAGCCACACCAGACCCAAAGGCCUGCAAUUGGAAAAAAUACAAGUACAUCGUCCUCAACCCUCUCUGUGCUGCGACCACAGUGAAGGAAGAGGAGAUGGAGGAAAUCCAAAGUCAAGCAUCACCCAUCGAAGACAGGAUGGGCUUGACACCCAAAGCCCCAGCAGAGGCGUGGUCUGGAGAAGUGCCUGGUCAGAUUGAUAGACAGGGGCGGGCCUCCUGCUACGAGGGUUCUGGCCGAGCCCCUCCCCUCGGGCCACCCCCCUCUGUGGAUCAUCCAAUAGUGCCCCCCACUCACAAGGAGGGAACAGUUUCACCCUGCACCAUUUUCCCAAAACUGGACCCCACCGAUCCUGAGGCUGCCCACCACAACCAACAUGGAAUCAAGCGGGAGAACUACUAUGUGCCCUACUGUUAUUCUGGCAACCUUCAAGGAACCAAGAGUACCUGCUCAGGCGACAAGCCGUACCGCUGUAAUGUGUGCGGCGCCCAGUUCAACCGACCGGCCAACCUGAAGACUCACUCCCGUAUUCACUCGGGAGAGAAACCUUACCGCUGUGACACCUGUGGCGCUCGAUUUGUUCAGGUUGCCCACCUUAGGGCCCAUGUCCUGAUCCACACAGGUGAGAAGCCUUACCCCUGCCACACCUGUGGCACCCGCUUCCGCCACCUGCAGACCCUGAAGAGCCACCUGCGCAUUCACACCGGAGAGAAGCCUUACACUUGCGAGAAGUGUGACCUUCACUUCCGCCACAAGAGCCAGCUGCGCCUUCACCUGCGCCAGAAACACGGGGCCGUCACCAACACCAAGAUCCGCUACAAGGUCCUGACCGAGCCCUAUCAGCCUUUAUUGCAGGCCUGCUGAAGAGGAUGACCUGUGGCUCGUUAAUCGCGACAAGCAGAAUAAUAUCUGAAUCAUGUCUAAAUCUGUUAGAAAACGUGAAAUUUGGUGAAAGAAUUAACUUGUGAGCAGCCUCCGCUUCAGCGAGGUCCAGCAGUUUAAAAUUAUAGACACUCACUUUUUGAAUAUGAGUUGGUAAUUUAUAAAUUUUAAAGCACUGGUUGGAUGACGAGCUUGGACUUAACGCGUAAAGUUAAAAUGGAUUACAUUUGGAGAAAGAGAUUUACAAAUAAUGUUGAGCGUCAGCAUGAUGUUGAAUGAGGAUUUGAGUUUGGAGCAAACAUAACACACUUAAUCAUUACUAGUAUGAAUCUUAUAGGUUAAUUAGGAAUCCUGGGUGGCUUUUCUGAGCUGGAGAUGAUGUUGAGCAAAGUGUUUUUGAAGGUUUGUGAAGGGAUAGAAAGAAGGGAACGAGACAUGGAAAGAAAGGAUUUAUACUACAGGUUUUUCUGUACACUGAAUUUUGAAGAAUUGGGGACAUGUGAACUGUUUGAAAGAAAGAUGAAGCAAGUUUUAUUAAGGAGAUAGUGAUGAACUUUGGAGGUUUUGGAGUAGAAUAAAAUUGAUUAUGGGUUUGAAGCCCGGAGAAGCACUUAAUCAGUGUUGAGAUACUGAAACUUUCCUCUUAAAUGUGUAUUUAACUUAGAUUUAUCUUUACCUUGAGGCCUGGGGCCUGUGUGUUUUUUGAAAAAAAAAAUAAAGCAAACUUAAGUAUGCAGAAAUAUCUGCUUUUAUGGUCCAAGCAGGCAAAGGACUUAGCUGUCUUGUAGUGAAUAUUAAAUAUAAAAAUUAAAUGAUAUUGUUUUCUGACAUGAGAAAUUUCAAUGAGACGACUGUAAACAAUUGGAUAAUUAAUAAUAAUGUUAAAUUUGUAUGUGUAUGAGUUCAUUUGCUGGACAAAGAUGGUUUUGUA